AUGAAUGCCACCUUUCUGAACCACAGCGGCUUGGAGGCGGCGGGCGGCGUGGAUGGCGGCGGGGCCGCCCUGGGGAACCGCAGCCACGGACUGGGCACGUGGCUGGACUGCUGCCCCGGGGGCGCACCUCUUGCCGCCAGCGACGGCGUCCCAGCGGGGUUGGCACCCGAUGAGCGUAGCCUGUGGGUGUCGCGUGUGGCGCAGAUCGCAGUGCUCUGCGUGCUGUCACUCACCGUGGUCUUCGGUGUCUUCUUCCUGGGCUGCAACCUGCUCAUCAAGUCUGAGAGCAUGAUCAACUUUCUAGUGCAGGAGCGCCGGCCUUCCAAGGACGUGGGCGCCGCCAUCCUGGGGCUCUACUGA